AUGGCCGACUUUACACCCCGAAAACGUCGCCGACCGGCUCUUUCCUGCGUCCAGUGCCGUCAGCGCAAAGUUCGCUGCGACCGCGCGUUUCCUUGCGGUCCCUGUACACGAGCCCGUCACUCUAUACCGUGCUCGUAUAGUUUCAGUUCCCAGGAGGGAAUUGAGAGUGCCCAGAGCUCUUCCCGAAUAGCCCGAGUUGCAUCAGGCCAUUCAGAGGAUGGAUCUGAUUUUCAACCGGUUUGUCAAGCAGCAAGGCAAUCACUCCCCUUGGAACAGAUGGUUCAGGACCUCCAGGAUCGAGUCUGGAGACUAGAACAAGUGGUAUCACUAAAUCGAGAAUCUGAGUGCUUUACGCGUGAUGGAGGCUUGUCCCAGUCGCUUUAUGAACUGAGCAACCGCGUGUCUAAUAUCGAGCAGCAAAUGACCCGGAGUAUUGCUGGAUUGGGGCCCCAGGAUACUUGCAUUCCUGCACCUACGUUACGGUUGAAGACGACCCCUGAAAAAACAAAGGUAGCCAGUCAGGGUCAUUGGACAAAUGCCUUUCACCAGCUGCGCAUGCUCGAGAAGAUCGACGACAUACAAGCUGCGGAGAUGAGAGAAGAAAUUAAGAAGUGCAAAGGAAUUCGCGCAACACUGAAGCAUAAGUCCAUAAUGUGGGACGAGCCUUUCCAGCACCUGAAUCUUGAUAUAAACUGGGAGGUCGUGGAGUAUACCGAAAUGGCUGUUGUGUAUUUCCGCACCUUGGGGCCUAUCUAUCGAAUUUUGAACUCGUCUUUUCUAGAGGAUUAUAACAAACGACUUGUUGUACGGACUGAGCCAGCACCGCACAGCUUUAUCCUCAAGGCAUUGCUGGUGAUUGGAAUUGGAUCUGUGUUUCAUCCAGACAAAGCGCUUCAGAACGAUAUUCAUCUACGCGUGCACCGUUGGGUUUAUGCAGCACAGUGGUGGCUUACAGGGCCUGACGAAAAGUCUGCACAUAGCAUUGAUGGAUUGCAAGUCUAUUGCCUGAUGCUCCUUUGUCGCCAAGUCCAUUCUCUAAACAAAGGGUCUAUCUGGGUUUCGGCAGGAUCGCUAGUGCGAUUCGCCUGUAGCUUGGGCUUACAUCGCGAUCCGAGCCAUUUUCUGUCAUUGUCUCCAUAUGAAUGCGAGACGAGAAGAAUGCUAUGGGCAGCAGUGAUGGAAAUAGCUGUACAGGCUUCGUUUGACAUUCCCAUGCCACCGUUAAUCUCAGAAGAUGAUUUCGACACUGAACCGCCGAUAAAUAUCGAUGAAAGCCAGCUCGAUAAAAAUACCAGAAGCGUGCCAAGUGCGGAACCAUAUAACCAAUAUACAGAUGCAUCAAUCCAGCGCCUGUUGCUAAAAUCGCUCCCAACCCGCUUACAAGUCGCUCGAUUCAGUAACCAAAUUGGUCAACCGCAAUGUUACGAACAAGCACUGAAACUAGGAACCGAACUUACAGCAUUUUGCGCAGAAUUUGCAAAAUAUUUUCAAUCACACAAUCUAUCCGAAUCUGCCGAGUUCCACCAAAAAGUCUUAAGUACAUUUAUUCGCAGAACAAUCAUCCUCCUCUACCGCCCCUUCCUACUCCAGUCUCCACAAGAUUCACGCUUUUACCUCGCACGGAAACUCAGCUUCGAAUCCGCCAUGGUCAUUGCAUCCUACGCAGACACCACAGACAUCGCCUCAAAACCACUCGAUUACUAUACCAAACUAUCUAUUUCAGGCGUUGGUGCAUUCAAGGGCCCAUUUUCAAUAGACACAAUAAUCGUCAUAUGUUGUGAGCUCGUCACGCAACUAGAAGAGGAAGCCAAGACACGGCCUCGAUUACCGGAUGGUAAGCUAUCUGUACCAGACAACGUCCUUCAUAGAAUGGCACAAGCAUCUCGGAGACCAAUAAUCGAAGUACUGGAACACAUCCAAGAACAAUUGCUCCAGGUAAUCGGGCUGGGUGUUCCUAGUAUGAAACGGUGUGCUAUUCUGUCUACUGUGAUGGGCCAGAUCAAGGCUAUGGAGAGAACGGGUCGGUAUACGAAGGACGAUGUGUAUCGGGCUCUAGUGGAGUAUAUAAAGAAGUGUGCUGGCAUUCUUGAGAGAUACAUUGAGGAGAUUGGAAGUGGUAUUAGCGGAUCUGUUGAUGAGUGGACCCCGGUGAUGUCGGACAUCGAUGUCGAGUCUUUGCUAAAAGAAUUUGGAUUUCCGUGGGAUGAUAUUCCGUUGGGCUUUCCCGGUGUUCAAUCAUGGACCGAGUCCCAGCCCUAA